AUGGAGGAAGAUGGGAUUGAUGCGGACGCGCGUACGUUCGACGCGCUUGUGUUGGGCGCGUGUAAGGUUAAGAAGGUGGAUGGUGGUAUGAUGCUUGUGAAAAGGAUGGUGGAUGAUGGAGUUCCUAUUUUGUAUUCAAAGCACAUGUUUGUGAUUAGGGGUUUGUUGCAGAUGAAAUGCUAUGAACAAGCUUUGAGGUAUGUGAAGGGUUUUGGUGGAAAAGAUAAAGCUUUGGAUGCUGAACUUUUUGGGUAUUUGGCUAGCCAGCUUGUAGGGUUGAAGAGGAUUAAGGAGGCAGUGAUUGUUUUGGAGGAAAUGGACCAAAGGGGUUUGCCAAUGGGUCACAAAUUGAGAAUCUUUUAUGAGAAGAAUGCUGGAAAUGAGGAUAAAGGGGAGAAGAAGAAGGAGAAGAAGAGGAGUGGUUGA